UCCAAGAAAAAUAAAAAUUCUACCAUACAUACAUAUUAAAAUUUUACAACUAAAAACCGCAUUGCUGAAAAUGUUUACUAAUUACUAUCUAUUCUUAUCCCUCACCCCUUAUUCGCUUUUUAAAAAUGCAAUGAUACAGAUUGAUUUCGAUGGCAUAUGGUCAAAUUGGUAUGAUCCAAGCUGCUGCCGGUUUCUUCGUGUAUUUUGUUAUUAUGGCUGAAAAUGGUUUCUUGCCAAUGAAACUGUUCGGCAUCCGUAAGAUGUGGGACUCAAAGGCUGUCAACGAUUUAACCGACUCAUAUGGACAAGAAUGGACUUAUCGCGAUCGUAAGACACUCGAGUACACUUGCCACACUGCUUUCUUCGUAUCAAUUGUGGUCGUACAAUGGGCGGAUUUGAUCAUCUGUAAGACACGACGAAACUCUGUCUUCCAGCAGGGCAUGAGAAAUUGGGCAUUGAACUUUGGUUUGGUGUUUGAGACAGUGUUGGCGGCCUUCCUGUCGUACUGUCCCGGCAUGGACAAGGGUCUGCGCAUGUACCCACUGAAAUUCGUUUGGUGGUUACCAGCCAUUCCAUUUAUGUUGUCUAUUUUCAUCUAUGAUGAAAUUCGUCGAUUCUACUUGCGUCGCAAUCCAGGCGGCUGGUUGGAACAGGAGACGUACUAUUAAGCUGUAUGUUUAUAUACAUAACAACAACAGAAACAACAACAACAAGAAAAUCAACAGCAACACAUUAGCAAGCGCAUUUGCAAAUAUGCCGAGUUUUACGACGACUACAAUAGCAGAAAACAACAACAAAAUCAGAAACAGAAACAACAUGUUUGAAUUUUAUGCAAGAAAUACAAACUAAAACGAGCGCGUCGUGGUCGCACCAGCAGCGAAAAUAGAACAGACAACAGUAAUAACAACGACACCAGCGGCAGUUGUGGCAGCAAGCAACAGACUUUUACGGCAACGCUGCAAGACAGCAAUAAAAAUAAUAUGGCACAUGCAUGCUGCUGCGAAUAUCUAAAGCGACCAC